CAAUAACAACCGGUUGGAAUCUAUCAGCUGUAACAACAACAACAACAACCAGUUCGUUAUUUUCAUGGUCAUUAAGACAGUGAUUGUUAAAAUGAUGGUUGUUCAAACACAGGAUGAGUUGUGCUCGUCGUGUGGUGGUGACCGGACUCGGGCUGGUGACUCCCCUUGGGGUCGGGACACCUCACAACUGGCUGCAGCUCACAACUGGCAAGGUGGCUACAUCAGCACUCACUGACCCACACUUCUCACAGAUACCGUGCCGUGUAGCAGCCAUUGUUCCCCGAGGGAAAGGAGAAGGAGAACUGGACGUCUCAUCUCACUUCAACUCGAGCGAUUUGCGUACCAUGAACUCUGCAAUCGCUUAUGGUUUGGUGGCUGCCCAAGAGGCCAUAGAAGAUGCAGACUGGAAGCCAGAUGACCCAAAGGAACAGGAGCGGACUGGUGUAGCCAUAGGCAUGGGAAUGGUAGACCUGGAUGAUGUCGUAGCUACCCAUAAGGAUUUCCAACACAAGUACAGCAAAGUUAGCCCAUAUUUUGUCCCUCGAAUCUUGAUCAAUAUGGCAGCUGGGCACAUCAGCAUGAAAUAUUCCUUUCAGGGUCCUAACCAUAGUGUUUCGACAGCCUGUGCCACAGGAGCUCAUGCCAUCGGGGAUGCCUUCCGAUUUAUUAAGAAUGGUGAUGCAGAUGUAAUGAUAUGUGGAGGCCUAGAGGCAAAUAUAAAUCCAUUAGCUAUUGCUGGAUUUUGUCGAUUAAGAGCUCUUGCCACUAAAUUUAAUGACUGUCCAGAGAGAGCUUCUCGACCUUUUGACUCCCAGAGAGAAGGCUUUAUAAUGGGUGAAGGUGCUGGGGUACUGGUGUUGGAGGAGUACGAGCAUGCCAUAAAACGUGGAAUAAAUAUUUAUGGAGAAAUCUUAGGCUAUGGGUUAACAGGGGAUGCUCACCACUUCACAGCACCGAGGGAGGAUGGAAAAGGGGCAGAAAGAGCCAUGGCACGAGCCAUUGAAGAAGCACAGGUAAACCCAGACGACAUUCGAUACGUAAAUGCCCAUGCAACAUCCACACCUUUAGGGGAUGCAAUUGAAGUUCAGGCAAUAAAAUCACUAUUUAAAGAUCAUGCUCAAAACCUCUAUGUUUCAUCGAUUAAAGGUGCAAUUGGACACUUGCUUGGAGCAGCAGGUGCUGUGGAGGCUAUCCUGACUGUCUUGGCCUGCCAUGCUGGCUACAUACCUCCCACAGCUAACCUGGAUAAUCCAGGACCGGGUUUGGAUUUAGACUUUGUGCCACUAGAAGCAAAAGCAUGGUUGCAGUCGCCCAAGAGAAGGAUUGCUCUCACGAACUCUUUCGGAUUCGGUGGUACAAAUGCUACACUCUGUAUAGGAUCAUGUGAUUAGUUCAGUAGUACAUGUAUAGUGUAUAUUAUAAUAUACAGUAGAACCCCUAUAUCAAUGGAUUCAGUUAUCUGCAGUUUACUAUGGCCCAGAAAUAUUAAAUGGAAAAUUCCAGGAAUAAACGGUUCAUAAGUUUCAAAUGUAUUUAAAAUACGUAUGUGUACAAGAUGUUUUUCAUUGCUCCAUCGUCCCUUGAGGGUUAAGCUAAAACGUCAGAAUCCCAUUCAUUCGAGAGAGAGCAAGAGAGAGAGAGAACAAGUACUAUAAUAAUAUACAGUGUAUUUUAUUAUUAUUUAAUGUUGGUAAUGUCUUAUUGUGCAUAAUUUAUCAAUUAAACCUUUUCAUAGGAAUGUAUGUAAACGAAAAACAACUUAUAUACUGUAUAGGGUUCACUUCUAUCUGUGGUUUUAGGCAUUCAUGGUAGGUUUUGUAAUGUAUCACCUGCAGAUACAAGUGGACUACUGUACAUACAGGCAUGUACCACACAUGCAGCAGCUUCUUUUCGGUGUUCCACGUUUUCAUUGGCUUCAAAUUGAGCCAUUUCUUAUUACGUUCCAUCUGCCAGUGAUCUUUGCCAACAGAUGGAAUAUAAGAAUAAUAUACAGCCUCUCCUCACUUAGCAACAUUCUUGUUUACCGACGCCUCAGACUUAUGACGGGCUCUCUAACCAGUAUGCAUACCUAAAUGUAUAUUAAAGCUGAAUUCCUUUAUUCUGUUUAUUACAAUAUACAGUACACUACUGUAUAAACAUUAAAAAAUACUAUACCAGAAAUGUUAUAAAUGGUGCAAAGAGGACAUUAAAACAGUAUCAAAAAUAGUUGACACAAACUCACUAUCAUUAUAGUAUGCUCCUCACGUAGCGACGAAUUUAUUUACCGACAUAGUCUUAGGAACAGAACGCCGUUGUUAACCCGUAAACGGUCCAAACGUAUAUAUACGUUUUUACCGCUAGUGCCCCAAACGUAUACAUAUAUACAUUUUAUGUGUCAUACAUUUUACAUUGCCACGAUAAGCCUGAGUCACCUAGACAUGAGAGAAUGGGUGUGAGCACUCACUGUGCACCAUAUUAAAAUAAUUGGGGAUUCCUGGGUACCAUAUGCUCUUUUUUCCUAUUAAAAAACAGCAAUGUUUUUUUUUUCUCAAAAAAGUUGGGGCAGUACGGUAGUGAAUGUUUAUAUACGUUUGGACCGUUUACAGGUUAAGUGAGGAGAGGCUGUAAUUAUGUAUUUAACUGUGCAUGGUGAGGAAAGGGAUCUAGAUUUUGCCCCUAAGAAUGAAUUUAUUAAGCAGUACCACUCAUCAUGAGAAUGAAGAACUGUACAGUAUAUAUCCGCCCAAAUAGUUGAUAUUCCAUUGGGAAUAUCAACUUCAUCCCUGGCUGUUGUACCAAUCAGGUAUUAUUACCUUUAUAUAUUAUCCUUAUCCUCUUGCAACAAAUCCUACAUAUUUUUGUUAAUGUGACUCUUACCAUAAUUACAAUAUGCUUAGAUUGUUUAUAAAUGUUGGUAGUAUUGAUUUUAUAUUUUUACUCUAUUACACUCUCAGAUAUAAAGCAGGAGAGUGUUUCUCACCAUGACCCCUCAAGGAAGGUUCCUUGAUGCUGGUGAGGGGCUCUUGAUCUAGGGAACUGGAUCUUAGUUCCAGUUCCCUGAAUUAACCCUGAAUACCUUCCAUCCCCCCCCCCCACAGGCACUGUAUAAUCCUACGGGUUUAGCACUUCCCCCUUGAUUAUAAUAAUAAUAAUUUGUCAUAUAUUUUAUACUGUCUCUCCUUUCUUGAGUUGCUAUACUGUUCUUCAAUUUUAUUGCAGUUUCUACGGAUAUUUCCUAAGAUAUCUCUUUCAGUAUCUCACCCCUGUUUUUUGUGAUGCCUCUUUAUUUAGAUUGGGGGGUCCCUAAUGUGUGGCCCGUGGGCUGCACGUAGCUCCUCUACAAAAUGGUUGCGGCCCUCACAUGAAAUUAUGAAUUCACUUUUAUGUAGGUUCCACAGUACAUAGUGUCAACAAAACCAUGUGCCCCUCAUCAUGCAUUUGGCCGUCAAAUGUGGCCCACUUGUGUAGGAAAGUUAAGGACUACUGAUUUAGAUGAUUCUAUAUCACCCUGCUGUCAUCUGAUUCAUGGGCCUAUCAGUAUAUGUAUUAAUUAUUUUCACCCCUGAGGGUCUGACAUUGAUGUUUCCUGUGGCUGUUUUGAUCUUUAUACUAUUCCUGUUGUGAACUAAUUUGUUUGUAUAUACGUAAUGGGAAGUGAUGUCAAGGGUUUAGAAAACUGACAAGUUGAAGAAUUAGACACUUUUGCAGUACUUGGGAUUUUUUAUUGUGGAAAUGUUUUGCCAACAAGUAGAUUCCUCAGUCCGGUACAGAGAUGAAUGGUGGAAGAAGAAGGAGUGUGAGGUAAUCAGUCCCUCAGCCUGGAGUCGAUAUAUUCCGUCCAUCAGGCUUGAGAAAAUUAUAGCAUAUGCUCGGAGAAGUGGCUCACAUACUGUCAACAGGUGAGUUGAAGCAACAGGAGUUGGGGUCACCAGUGGAUAAUUCCAUAAUGGGUAGUCUUCCUCACAUGCCCAGAGUUCUAACUUCUCUGGCUACAAUUGCCAGUUUUCAGGAACUUUUCAUUGGUUGGGCUCUUUCUCAUUGUCUUCUAAUAUCAUUACAUUUUUACACAUUUUAGCUAUGUCCAUAUUUUCUGUUGCUUCAUUUAAAUCCUUAACCACUUGUUCAAGGGAUUCACAUGACUAAGUAUUUUUCACACCAGAUACAGUUAUUUUCUCUCCCAGUACUAGCUGUUUUCUUUUCCCAAUUUAAUUUAUCCACACUGUUCCUGAUUCUUUGAGUGUGGUCAGAUUCAAUCAUUUCAAGAAGCUGCAUUCCUUUAGUAGGCAUAGGUGGGCUCAGAGCUGGCCAGAACAAGUUUGAAUAUUUGUGAAUCUUGAUGCCAUAAACAUUUUUGGUUGUUCCUUUCAAUCUAGGCAUGGCAUGUCUAGCACUAAUAUGCAGAAGUGACUGACGUUUUAAAACCGGCCUGGGCAUCUGUCACCUAUCAGGUCAGCUUCAUCGCUGCCAGUGUGACACUGACUAACUGGCCUGGGCAUCUGUCACCUAUCAGGUCAGCUUCACCACUGCCAGUGUGACACUGACUAACAGACUGCUGACUGCUGAGGGCCAGAGGCAUGUUUUCACUGCUCAGCUAAGAUGCAUUCCAUUUUCAUUUCAAUCUUUGUGCAGCGGCUAUGACUUCAGUUUUUCGUGACAUUUUUUCAGCUUUUUACCCAGCCCAGCGGCCCACUGAGCAUUGCCCAAAUGCUUGUAUGGCCAAUCCACCUCUGUUGAUAUGUCCUGCUAUGAGAGUGGCCUCCUCAAAGGUCUUAGUAUGGAAUAUCUAGUAUUGUAAUGGCUCCGGCCAAGAGAGUGGUCUCGUGAAAGAUCAAUGUGAAAUGUGUAACAUUAAUGUGUACCACCAUGAGAGUAGACUUCUGUAAGAGACAAGAAUGAAGUGUAUAGCACUGAUAUGUCCUACCAUGAAAGUAGACUCCUCCAUAAUAACUGGAAACUCCACAGCAUAGAGUAUGUCAGCAGGAAAGUAGCUGUUUUUGAAUGGCAAGAUUAUCAAUAAAUAUGACAGAAAGAAACUAUUUACUGAACAGUCCUUUAUUUAUAGAUAAUAUUGCCUCUGGCAAAACAGUGAUGGAGUGAGUGAUGAUGAAAGUGUUUCUUCUGUUAUCAGCAUGGUAGAAACUGGUUGUCCUACCAUGUAAAUCUUGGGAUGUGUGUAUUGUGGUUAUUAUUUUAACCAUGUGGAAGCACUAAAACCAUGAGGUUAGGUAAAUAGACAAUGGGGCCCUACAGUAGACCAGAACCUAACUUGCUAUAUAGGUGGGGCCCUACAGUAGCCCAGAACUUAACCUGUUGUAUAAGUGGGGGCCUACAGUAUCCCAGAACUUAACCUGUUGUAUAAGUGGGGGCCUACAGUAUCCCAGAACUUAACCUGUUGUAUAAGUGGGGCCCUACAGUAUCCCAGAACUUAACCUGUUGUAUAAGUGGGGGCCUACAGUAUCCCAGAACUUAACCUGUUGUAUAAGUGGGGCCCUACAGUAUCCCAGAACUUAACCUGUUGUAUAAGUGGGGGCCUACAGUAGCCCAGAACUUAACCUGUUGUAUAAGUGGGGCCUGACUGUAAUGUGACUUUUAUUGUUGCAGCAUUUCACUCUCCAAGAACUUUGUCAAACUCCUACUGAACCUGUCUUCUUCAGUCGGUCUUGUUGCAUGCUGUCAUACAUUCUGGGUAUUUCUUCCAUCUGACACUAUUCUUCUCUCUUUUUGGCUCUUGUGCUUUAGUCACCUUCUUCAGCUAAUUAAAUUUCUCUCACACUGGUAACUUAGUUUUUUAGCUAACCCAUGUUGCAAUUCCUGUUCACAUUGCUGUUGCAAACUGUACUGCUCUUGCUGUUGCUGUUGUUCAUUUUACUGCAGGUAUUGUACAUGUACUGUAAAUUAUUGAAAAAUAUUAAUAAACUUGUUUAUAAUGCAAUUUUUUUUAUUUUAUUUAAUAAAACAGAAAUUUUAAA